AUGUUAAAGAGAGGGGAGGUUAUGGAUCAGAGCGCAAGAACCACUACCUUCCUCCAACAAGAGAUAGGGGGUCAUCCAAGAAGCCGCACGAAAGGGGUCCUCACCAUUACCCGCAAGACCACUUUACCCCCCCUGAACGCCCAUCCUGGAAAGAUUCUUAGGGAGGUUCUUGAAUCGAGAAUAAUCCCACCAGCUGCAGAACCUCGCGCCAAGUACAUGGGCCUCAACGGAAACUCUUGGUGCAAGUAUCAUUUGGUGUUGGGCCAUGACACGGAUGAGUGCGUUCACUUAAAAAGGGAUAUUGAAAAGCUUAUCCAGAGCGGGAAGUUAAGAGGUUAUGCCAAGAACAACGAAGAAAGACAUCGGCCUGAGGAAGCCCGUGAUAAACCCACAGCCCCCAAGCACACCCUACACACCAUCUCGGGAGGUUUUGCGGGGGGCGGGGAAUCCAACCAUUCUCGAAAGAGGUAUGCCUGCCAAGUAAUGCUUUUAGGAGACAAUCACGCUUCAGAAAAAAUCCCAACUAUUUCUUUUUCUCCGGAGGAUUUCGGACAGGUAAUUCCUCAUGAUGAUGAUCCCUUGGUCAUUUCCCUCCAACUUCUUAACUGGGAGAUCAAGAGGGUACUCGUGGAUACCGGUAGCUCUGCAGAUGUUCUUUACUACGAUGCUUUUAGCAAGAUGAUCUUGAGCGAAGAGCAACUUCAACCUUUCAAAGGAACCCUAUCAGGUUUCACCGGAGAGAGGGUGCACGUUCGCGACUAUGUCACCUUAAAAACCAUUUUCGGCUCGGGAGAUCAGCAGAAGUCCAUCAAGAUUAGGUACUUGGUGAUUAACUCGCCCAGUUCAUAUAACGCAAUCAUUGGUCGCCCUUCUAUCAAAUUAUUAGAUGCUUUCGUUUCCACCAAACACUUGAUGAUGAAGUACCCGCUGGAUGACGGACGCGUCGGGACGGUCAGGGGCGACCAGAAGGUAGCACGGGAAUGCUAUCAUGCCAGCCUCAAACUUGGAGUAAAGAACACCGGAGCCCUUGACGUGAAUCUAAUUGACCUAGAUCCCCGGGAAGAGUACUAG